AAGCGACGCUCACCGACUCUCCAGUAGUGUGUGCGAUGCAGGCUCCGAAGCUGUUUCUCUCGUUGUCGCUGCGUCGGCGGACACUUCUAGGUUAACCAAACGUUCUUCCCACCAGGGAAAAUUAAAGUUUGGUGGUUUGUUUUUUCGGUUUAGUGUGGCUGAAGGGGUGUGUUUUGAAAAACUGUUUAACGAUAAAACGAUAGACAAUGUACUCCAAGGGGAAGGGUUCAGCCGUACCUUCGGACAACCAGGCCAGAGAGAAAUUAGCUUUAUAUGUUUAUGAAUACCUGUUACACAUUGGUGCGCAGAAAGCUGCUCAAACGUUCUUGUCAGAGAUUCGAUGGGAAAAAAACAUAUCGCUAGGCGAACCUCCAGGAUUUCUUCACUCUUGGUGGUGUGUAUUUUGGGACCUGUACUGCGCGGCACCCGAGCGUCGAGACUCAUGCGAACACAGUAGCGAAGCCAAAGCUUUUCACGAUUAUGGAUUUGUAAACAGUGGUUAUGGAGUUAAUGGAAUUGCGCACAAUGCCGGACCCGCGCCUUCGCCGCUUGGACAAAUGCCACCGAAUGACGGCAUGCCCGGCGGCCCAAUGCCUCCUAACUUUUUCAACAACUCGACAAUGCGACCAUCUCCGCCCACACACCCCUCAUCACAGCCAUCUCCCCAGCACCCCCAGCCACCCCCGCCCCCACACUCGCAGAUGAUGUCCGCUCAGUUCCCAAUGCAAGGUCCUAGAUAUCAAGGACCAGGACCACGACCAGGAAACAUUCGUAUGCCGAUGGGCAAUGAAUUCAAUGGGCCACCGGGACAACCAAUGAUGCCUAACAGUAUGGAUCCAACUAGACAAGGCGAAGCUGCAGAUUUUGUAGGGUGGCAAGGUUCGCCUGGCAUGAAUAUGAAUCCACGAAUGAAUCAUCCAAGGGCUGGUCCAGGUGGUAUGCCACCAAUGGGUCCUGGUACAUAUGGACCUGGAUUGCGAGGUCCACCGCCUAAUAGUAAUCUUGCACCUGGAGGCCCUGGUGGCCCUGGUGGUGCUGGAAUGCCGCCUAUGAGUAUGGCUGGACCAGGUGGUCGACCACAAUGGCAACCUAACACUUCGACACCAAUGAAUUAUUCGUCAUCUUCGCCUGGUAAUUAUGGUGGACCACCAGGUUCGACGGGGCCCCCCGGUCCAGGAACACCAAUAAUGCCAAGUCCGCAAGAUAGUAGUAACAGCGGAGGCGAGAACAUGUACACGAUGAUGAAACCCGUUACCGGUGGCAACAUGCCUGGCGAUUUUCCGAUGGGAGGUGGCCCAGAAGGUGGACCUAUGGGACCGAUGGGUCCAAAUACGAUGGGUCCUGUGCUAAAUGGUGACGGUCUUGAUGGCAUGAAGAAUUCGCCUGCAAAUGGUGGCCCAGGAACGCCACGAGAAGAUAGCGGUAGUGGCAUGGGUGACUAUAACCUUAGUGGAUUUGGUGGCCCCGGCGAGAAUUUUUUUUAAAUCGCAACCAGGACGCAACUAGUGGAGGAAACAAAACAAUGCAGGAUCACUGAAAGAAAAAUAUGAUAAAAAAGGACAUACCGAUAAAAUGUUCGCAUAAAAUAAAAAAAUGUCCGAAUCGUGUUUACUAUCAAUAAUGCACAGAGUUUGAGAGAAACGAGCAAACAGAUGAAUAAGAAAUAUUCUUCUUUUUUUUAAUUAUUGUUAUCGCGUUUUUAUAAAGGAACAACUGAGAAAAAAACGAAAUACGUAUAAUUGCAUUUGUUGUCACUUGCACCUACCUGCUUUUGAGGAUAGGUUAGUUUUUAAUUAAGCAGGACUUUUUAUAUUGAUAUAAAAUUUACUUAAUAUUAAUUCGAUUUCUACUGUUGUAGGCUAUUUUGUAUCAUGCUUUACUAAUACUCACGAGGUUGUAUAAAUAGGAUUUACAGUCCUAUUUUAUUAUCGUGAUUUUUAGAUUUUUACAUUGGCCCUUUUUGGUUUGUUAUUUUUUAUUAUAUCAUUAACCAUUCUAAAGCAAUAACCAGCACUUUUGACGAUAAAAUUACAAAAUCAAAAAGGGUUAUAUCUAUACAUUUACACGUAACUUUAAAAUUGGUAUAGAAAGUCUAGAUCCUAUUUAUAUUUAUUUAAGAAAUUUUAGAAAGUAAGUUAAUCAGCUGUUGCUCGUGACUGGUUAGACUGUCGUGAUUAAGAUAAGUAACUUAACAUUUUUCUAAACAAAUUCGUCAUGUAAAGAUGAACAAAUUUUUUGCUUGAAAGUAAUAACAGUUGACAAUUCUUGCCAAAUAAUUAUAGUCUUUUCACCAUUAAUAGGCAUCCAUACUUGCAUUUGUUUGCUCAUUAUAGGUUCGCGAUCGCGAAUUAAAGUCGAAUGGCAAACCGCUCAGUCAGCAAUUUAAAAUUAAAAUUUUGUUUGGUCAUCGAGAAAUUAAAAUUGAGACAUAGAAAGAUUAGUCGAAUUUAAAUAUUUCAAUUGGAUAUUCAGUGAUCAAUUAAUGCAUAUAAUGCGUAUACUAUUACGAAAAUUGUACAAAUACAGAUGACGAAUCGUACUUAAUUCUCAAACACUUUCAUAUAGCACGAAAGUAUUAAAAUUGUAGAUAGUUAGAUUGUGUGAGCAUAUAUAAUUUAUAUUGUUUAGAUAGUUACAACGCUGGAAUGCGAUUUGCCGGUCGAUCCAAUCUUUUUUUGAAAUUUGUGCGAAUUAAUGAAAAAGCGAAAUUGUACAUAGGAAUAUUGCUAUUUUUUUACAAGAACGUAAAGAUAUAGACGAUAUGAGUACUGAACCUGAUUGAAAUGAAUUGAGCGUAAGUAAUCGAAUAACUGGAAAAAAGAAAUCGACAAAAAAAAACUCUGUGACAAGUAUCUUGAUUAAAAAAAACAAAUGAAAAAUAAAAUACGAUAAGCGAAGAAGUCCAUCCGUCCGCAGGUGGUUAUAGGUCAGUACUGGACUACGAAUAUGCUGCUAUUAGUUUUUUUUUUCAAUGAUAUCUUCACGGAUAGAUAUAAUGUUGAUAAGAACGACUAAUCAUCAAUUGUACAUGGCGAGAAAGAAAACAAAAGCACGUGUAUAUCCGAUUAAUUAAUCGUUCCAGUGGCACGUUCGUCACGCUCUUUUUCCUCUCGUUAUAAUCUCUAAUAUUAAUGGUGCUCUUACUUGUACAAAUGCUUAAGGUUCAAGGAUUUUUGUUGUUGUUGAGUGUGUCGAUUUUACAAGAGUGAGUGUUUCUUUUCUUAUAUUCUUAUCUUUGCAUACUUUGCACAGAAAAAGGUGUGCACAGCUUGCCGCUGGUGCGCGUUCAAAAAGUAUACAAGUGGAUUAAGCGAUAAAGAAAAAUCGUGUGUAAUCGAUUCAGGUUCCAAGGUUCGUGUUUUAUAAAGAAGAACCUUUUCGUUGCUUGAAAAAAAGAAACCUUGCCGCUCGAUCUCUUGCCACGCUUUGAAUUGAAAAACGACGUGCUUUUUGCCAUUUUUUAGAGUGAAUUUCAACUCAGUAUUUACAUUGCACAAUACGCGCCUUGGUACCUAGGUUCUCUUAUCUCUUUUUUUUUACUUAAUUUUACGUGAUUUUAUUUUACUCCCACGUUGUAAAAAUAUAUUAUACGCCUGGUAAAGUUGAUAUAAGCCUAUGCCAAGGGAGAAAAAGAAUCGAGACAAUAAAUGUAAUCUUGUUACACUGA